CCACACUGAGUUCUCUCUCGAAGGCGAGAGACACUUCAGCUUCAUACUUACAAUAGCAUACUCCAAAACACGAAUACCAGCAGCAACAAUGGCCCAAUCCGCACGACAAAUGAUGGGCGCGCCGCCCUCGACCGCAUCGCCGAGCGAUUCGACCUUGGUCAUCAUCGAUGCGCAGAACGAAUAUGCAGAGGGAGCACUGAAGGUCACAGACGCACCAGGCACACGUAAAGUCAUCGCAGGCCUGUUGGAGAAAUACAGAGCUGCAGGCGGACAAAUCGUACACGUAGUACACAACGUGCCAGAAGGAACUCCAAUCUUCACACCAGGCACGAAUCUGGCGAAGGAGUUUGAGGAAUUGACGCCAAAGGAUGGCGAGAAAGUGAUUGAGAAAAUUCAUCCGAGCUCUUUUGCGGAUACUACACUUCAUGAUUAUCUCAGAGGUGCUGGGGCUAAGAAGGUGGUUCUUACGGGAUAUAUGGCUCAUGUCUGCGUCUCGACUACGGCGCGUGACGCCGCUCGCUUGGGCUAUGAUGUCCUUGUCGUAGAGGACGGAGUUGGCGACCGCGAUAUUCCCGGCGCAUCAGGUGCCGAGGUGACCAAGAUGGUCAUGCACGAAUUGGCAGACUUCUUCGCUACCAUUGUUCAGAGCAAGGACAUUAAGUAGACAGUGCAAGCAAUUGCCGCGAUAUCAGCAAAUGUCAAGUUAAUCGCAACAAGAAAUCAGAGUGCGC